AUGAGUGAACUCGGCAGCCAGCACCGCCAGAUAGCCCCCGGUCCAUCGCCUAGCAAAUCAGAAAAGCCCCCAUCACGGGAGAGCUCACCAGACCGGAGUUUUCGAACACCAACCGAUGUCUCCAAGAAACGUGUUUCGAUGGCAUGUCUGGCCUGUAAGAAGUCCAAACGAAAGUGCUCUGGAGUGCCGCCCUGUGAUAACUGCCGGGCUUUCAACAGGCAGUGUAUUUUCGAUGAGACCUUGGACCAGCGCCGAAGAGUGGCGGCCAAGCGCACGGCAGAUGAGCUGAGUUACCAUCGGGACAUGUUGAACGACCUGCUGAAAGUGAUGCGCGCGGAGGAUCAAUCCUACGGGUUGAAGUUACUGGAGAUCAUCCGGAAUGAUGCCUCGGCCGAGGAGAUCCGUGCGUUCAUCGACGAGAUCCUGGGCCAGGAUGGCGGCGAAAGCAAGGUAGGGGAAGAGGCCGAGUGCAAACUGGAAGAGGUUCGCCGGGUGAUUGACGUGGAAGGAGCUGGGCCUUCCUUCCGACCCAAGGUGAUGGAUAUCCACUAUCUUUGUGACGAGGUGCCGUACCGCGUCCCCGCCAGACCAUGGACAACAGUGACUGAGGAUGCAGACCUCGUCUCACAUUUGGUGUCCUUGUAUUUCACCUGGGACUAUCCAUUUCAUGCCUUCCUCGACCGCGACGUCUUCCUCGAGCAUAUGCGACGGGGCGAUCUCCAGUCCGAGUUCUGCAGCCCAUUCCUGGUGAAUGCUCUGCUCACAAAUGCAUGCCACUUUUCAGACUACUCCGAGGCAUACGUCGCCCCGGGCGAUAUUGUGACGAAAGGGGUGGAUUUCCUGACAGAGGCGGAACGUCUAAGAGAGGAGGAGCCUUUGAAGUUGAGCCUGGCUUACUUACAAGGCACACUCUUGCUAUACGAAAGGUACUCGAUGUCUUGCGAGGAUGACCGUGGAUACCAAAUGCUUCACCAUGCCAUCUGGACCGGUGAAUCCCUGGGGUUAAUUGGCCCAAGGAUUUUCAGUCUCAGCCCAGGGCAAGUCCCCAAUGACAAGGAAAUUUCUGUCGAGCGAUCAGCUUGGGGCCUAUUUCACAUUGAUACGCUUGUUCAUGCCCAGUUCCUGCGUCCUAGCCUGAUAGACAAAGUUAACUUACAGCGACCGGACCGAUAUCAUCGGGAGGAUUCCAACCUCUGGGUCCCAUACCCUUCUCACCGGCCUGCCCGGGUUUCCUAUCUCAGUCAGUACUUCAGCUACUCGUGUGAUCUCUGUGAGAUCGCCAGGGAUAUCUCUCAGACUCUUUUCUCGGUCGACGGGGGCGUGGUGUCCAUCGAGCAUCAGCAGAAGUCCAAGGAACGGCUGUUUGAGAGGCUUCGUGGCUGGUAUGCAACAUUGCCGGACGUCUUCGAGCCGUCUCGAAGACCACCGCCCUACAUCAUACUACUGAGAAUGCGCUACCAUACAUUGGUGAUAACCCUGUUCUCGUACAACACAGGGAGACAUGACCCCAGUCCCGGCGCAGAGGCGCCGCAAACGCCGGAAAGUCCACCAGGCUCGAGUCCGUUCCUCCAAUACAGUGCACCCAAUCUUGUGCAAUCUGCUGCUCGCGCGAUCUCUGGGCUAACCCUUCUUCAUCGAUGCGAGUACGGGAUAAGUCGCGCGCAUCACUUUGCCAUGUAUGCGAUCAAUCUGGCGUUGUUCACGUUGCUUGAUCCUGAGUCAUUUGAUAUUCUGGAUCGGGACUUUCUUUCUUUGGCCAGCUCCUUCUCCAGCAUGGCGAGCCGCUCCUUGCUGGGUAGAUGUCUCUUUCACAUGUUUCGUCAGACGGUCCGCUCCCGGGGUCAAGGCAAGCACCUGCGAGAGUCCAGUCUCGUCUCUGAUGAGUUGAAAGCGUUGUUUGAUGAGGAGUCUACGUCACCCUCUCAGUGGGAUGAGUACGCUAAGGGAUUGGAUAAGCUCGAGGCGGAUGACCGCUAUCAUGGGCUUAUCGAGGAGGAGUACAGCCUUCUGGAGAUGCUGGAUCGGUACGAGAGCUUGAGCCUGGGUAAGGAUGAGAUCGCUCCGGAGCGGAGAAGGCGAUGA